AUGUGCGUGACACAUAUCUAUACCGAUUGUUACCCCAAGCGAACAGUUGAAUUUCAUCAAACAAUAGUCUGUCCAAAUUCGAAAGAUGGAAUCUCCUGCCCUGCUCAUAUCACCAAUGAACAUCCUCCUCGUACUCUCAAGUCCAAUGAUGAUCGCUCUAGCAAAGAAUAUAUCGACCAAGGACUACAAGUACCUUCUACCUCCAAACCUUCACCUCAUAAAUCCGCAACUGCAACUACAUAUCGUUACUCUCAAGGUGACAAGAAAGAUAAACCUUCCGGUCGAGAACCUCGUCUUCGUCUUGUGAGAAAGAAGAGUGCUUUAGUCUCAGCUGUUACACCACGUCGCAAACAUCCUAAAGAACGUAUCGUUAUCGUCGAUGCACCGGAUAGUCCACAAGGUUCCAAGACUCUUCAAAAAUAUGCUCCGGAUUCUCCCGCUACUGAAGAGUUUCAAUCUAAGACUCUCUUAGUGGCUGAGCAUGCUCAUCGUCAAGAAUCAGCUAGUCCAAGACGUGGCCCUAAUCACAGUCUCAAUCCUGUUCGUACUGUCGUUAUAGAUCAACAUCGCGAUAAGAGAGAACGUAGCAGAGAAAGAGAAAGACCCUUGCAAGACCUUCCAAUAUUAUUAAAACCUGAACCAUCUUCGCGCUCAGCAAGUCAUGAUAGGGGAUUGGUUGAUAUGCGCAUCCGUCGUGAAGAAGAGGAGAGGGAAAGAGAGCGACAAAGAGACUAUGAGAGAGAAAGGGAGAAGAGCUUUGAAUUGGUUCAUGAAGCAAGAAGGGAACAAGAGAGGGAGAGGGAUGAAAUGAGGAAGAUAACGGAGGAACUAGAGAGGGAAAGAAUCAGGAAAGAGAAGAAUGAAGAUGAGAAGAGAAAGGAGAUGGAGUAUAAGAAAUUCUUGGCGGAGAGGGAACGGGAAAGGGAACGGGAAAGAGAUAAAGAAGUUGAAAGGCAAAGAGCUAGAGACAGAGAAGAAGAAUCAGCAAGGGAAAGAGAAAGACGAAGAAGAGACGAAGAAAUUCGAAGAGCGGACGACCACGAACAAAGGAGACGAGAAGAAAAGCAUCGACAUGAAAGGGAAAGAGAACGCGAGAUAGAGGGAAGGGAACGUGAAGAUAGGAUGCGCAAAGCUGAGAUAUCAGAACGGAAAGCGGCGGAUGAUGCGAGAAGGUUGGCAGAACAGGUUAAAGCUUUUGCGAGGGAAGAUGAAGAAAUUAGGAGAAGGCCAGCGGUUCCUAGUAAAGGGAAGGAAAGGGAAAGAGAUGUAGAGGAAAGCUGGAAGAAAGAGGAUGAUGAUAUGUAUGCUAGGUUGAGGGAGAGACAGGCGAGGGAUGGAAGUAAGCCGGGUUUGGGAAGAGGAGCGAGCUUCUCCGGGAGGGCAGAUGGGGAUAAAGAGUUUUUGGAUCGAUUGAAGGAGAGACAAAAGGAACCUGAAGAGGGGUAUGCACCGAAGAGAAGAACAACUAUUGGGGUUGGUGGGGGAAGGAGAAGGGGUGAGGAGAGGAUUGUUUGGGAUGAAGGUGAUGGGGGUAGAGGUGGGAGAUGGUAG